AUGUUUGCAAAGGAUGACUACAUUCUUAGCUUCUUUUUCUUCUUGGACAUAAUCUCUACGAUCACCUUGGUGAUCGAUCUCACAUGGAUCGCUGAUAUUUUUCAGGGGGACGAAGAGGACAUGUCCAGUGAUGAGUCAGUCUCUGGAACUGCAAAGAUUGGAGCUAGAACCUCUCGAGUAGUUCGGGUGUUGAGGCUGAUACGAAUUAUCAAGCUGUACAAGGCAAUCUACGAGGCUAGGCAGCUGCAGAAGAAGAAAGAGGAGCUUGCGAAGCAAAUUACCCUUGAGCAGAUGUACCCUGCCAACGACGAUGAGGAUUCGUACGACGAGAUGGAGGUCCAGCAGGCAAGCAUGACAAAGGCUCCCGGCAAGGAGAGCAGGGUAGGGAAGAAGCUUUCUGAGCUGACCACGCGUCGCGUUAUCCUGCUCGUCCUCGUCAUGAUGCUGGUGCUCCCGUACCUCAAGGUAGAAGAGGCUCAACAGUUUCCCACCUCUGCUGGGUAUGGUGCUGACAUCGUGAAUCAGGCCUUUGACCAGUACUUGGCCAGCAACUCCACGGCAGACAAGGAGAAAUACGACAUGGCCUUGCUUGAGUACAUCUAUUACCAUAACUGGUACACCAAGCAGCUGGGUGAGUGCCCGAUUGUCACAAGCGACGGAUCGCGAUCAUGUGAAAGCUCGAGAUCUUUCGACUCGCACGUGUUCUGGGUUGGCUUUGUGGCCACGAAUGAGGCGUUGCUUCUGGAAAGACUUCCGAAAGCUUCAGUGUCUCCAAGUGCAGUGGCAGACAUGGAAGCCCUGGUCACCCAAACAUCGGUCGGUGAUGAGGCGUGGCUUUAUGUUUUUGGCCACAUGCCAACCAACGUCCAAACAACACUCGGACUCAGUUGGAGCAGAGACUGUCCCUUGCAAAGCGACAAGAAGCGGCGUGGGCUCUCCAUUUUAGCAGAGUCAUUUCAAGAAGGUCAGUGGCAGGUCGACUACGCAGUGCCUUGUCCAGAUGAUCUGCGAAGAGCCGAACGCAAGAAAUACACUCCUCGCUUGAACAUCGCGAAAGAUCAGUUCGAUGAAAUUCACUUUGCAUUUUACUUCGACUUGCGACCGUUCGUGAAGCAGGAGUCUGUGUUUAAUCUGCUCACCGUCGUGUUUGUUUGCAUCAUGCUGCUUCUCGCCUCCAUCGGCUUUACCAACGAUGCAAACCGACUUGUGCUGUAUCCUGUGGAGAACAUGAUCGCCAAGGUGGAGACAAUCAGGGCCAACCCCUUGGCUGCGAUGAAAGUGGCAGACGAGGAGUUCAAGGUCGAGGAAAUCAACAGGGCCAAAGCUGCCAAACAGGAGAAAACACGCUGCCAGGCUCUCUUGGAGUCCAUGGGAUGCUAUUCCAAACGGGAGAACACAGAGAUCAUGGAGACCGUCAUCUUGGAGAAGACGAUCAUCAAGCUGGGAUCUCUCCUUGCGCUUGGCUUCGGGGAGGCUGGCGCGAACAUCAUUGAGCACAACAUGCACGGCGUGGACAGCGCCUGUGUAGAUGCCAUGGUGGAAGGCACCCGAGUGGAGUGCAUCAUUGGUGCUACCCGAAUACGAGAUUUCAGCACUGCAACAGAGGUGUUGCAGGCCAAAGUGAUGACUUUCGUCAACCAGAUAGCAGAGAUCGUCCACGGGGUCGUUGACGAGUUCCACGGCGCCGCGAACAAAAACAAUGGUGAUACAUUCCUGAUGAUCUGGAGAGUGGCUGGUGACGACGAGAAGGCUGGACUUGUUUCUUGCAGGAUGAUCAGCACGGAUGGGCCCCGCCCCGUACGAACGGACAAGCGCGCGCACACACACAGACACACACACACACACAGACACACAGACACACACACACACACACAGACACACACACGCACACAGACAGACACAGACACACACACACACACACACAGACACGCACACACACACAGACACACACAGACACACACUGAUGGAUUCGGCCAAGAGUACGAGUGCAAGAGGAAAAAGAGAGGCAUGUUGUUCAUGUUGUAA